GAUUAUAUCUUUAUCCUUGAAAUUUAAAAACAUUUGCCAGGACAUAUCUUGGUGUUGAUGAUCUCACCUUCUCAGUCUCCAGUCUCAGGAUAAAUGAGGAGCUGAUUCUUAAUCCUGUCACAUUGAAUGGACAGCAAAUUAUGGAUGAACCUAUGGGAGAGGAGGAGAUUAAUCUACAAACUGAAGAAGGCAGCAUCAAAGAAAUUGCAAUCACGCAUCAUGUAAAGGAAGGACAUGAAAAGGCAGAUCCUUCUCAAUUUGAACUUUUGAAAGUAUUAGGGCAGGGAUCAUUUGGAAAGGUUUUUUUAGUUAAAAAAAUCUCAGGCUCUGAUGCUAGACAGCUUUAUGCCAUGAAAGUAUUGAAGAAGGCCACGUUGAAAGUUCGAGACCGUGUGCGGACAAAAAUGGAGCGUGAUAUCUUGGUAGAAGUUAACCAUCCUUUUAUUGUCAAGUUGCAUUAUGCUUUUCAAACUGAAGGGAAGCUGUAUCUUAUUUUGGAUUUUCUCAGGGGAGGAGAUUUGUUUACACGCUUAUCCAAAGAGGUGAUGUUCACAGAAGAAGAUGUCAAAUUCUACUUGGCUGAACUUGCACUUGCUUUAGACCAUCUACAUAGCCUGGGAAUAAUCUAUAGAGACUUGAAACCAGAAAACAUACUUCUUGAUGAAGAAGGUCACAUCAAGUUAACAGAUUUUGGCCUAAGUAAAGAGUCUAUUGACCAUGAAAAGAAGGCGUAUUCUUUUUGUGGAACUGUGGAAUAUAUGGCUCCAGAAGUAGUUAACCGUCGGGGCCAUACUCAGAGUGCCGAUUGGUGGUCUUUUGGUGUGCUGAUGUUUGAAAUGCUCACUGGUACACUACCUUUCCAAGGAAAAGAUCGAAAAGAAACAAUGACUAUGAUACUUAAGGCCAAACUUGGGAUGCCACAGUUUUUGAGUCCUGAAGCCCAGAGUCUUUUACGGAUGCUUUUCAAACGAAAUCCUGCUAACAGACUAGGCGCAGGACCAGAUGGAGUUGAAGAAAUUAAAAGACAUUCAUUUUUCUCAACGAUAGACUGGAAUAAAUUAUACAGAAGAGAAAUUCAUCCACCUUUUAAACCUGCAACUGGCAGACCUGAAGAUACAUUCUAUUUCGACCCUGAAUUUACUGCAAAAACUCCCAAAGACUCACCUGGCAUUCCCCCUAGUGCCAAUGCACAUCAGCUCUUCCGGGGAUUUAGUUUUGUUGCAAUCACUUCAGACGAUGAAAGCCAAGCAAUGCAGACAGUUGGUGUACAUUCAAUUGUUCAGCAGUUGCACAGGAACAGUAUUCAGUUUACUGAUGGAUAUGAAGUAAAAGAAGAUAUUGGAGUUGGCUCCUACUCUGUUUGCAAGAGAUGUAUACAUAAAGCCACAAACAUGGAGUUUGCAGUGAAGAUUAUUGAUAAAAGCAAGAGAGACCCAACAGAAGAAAUUGAAAUCCUUCUUCGUUAUGGACAGCAUCCAAACAUUAUUACUCUAAAGGAUGUAUAUGAUGACGGAAAAUACGUGUAUGUAGUAACAGAACUUAUGAAAGGGGGUGAAUUACUGGAUAAAAUUCUUAGACAGAAAUUUUUCUCUGAACGAGAGGCCAGUGCUGUCCUGUUUACUAUAACCAAAACUGUUGAAUAUCUUCACGCACAAGGGGUGGUUCACAGAGACUUGAAACCUAGCAACAUUCUUUAUGUGGAUGAAUCUGGUAAUCCAGAAUCUAUUCGAAUUUGUGAUUUUGGUUUUGCAAAACAGCUCAGAGCUGAAAACGGUCUUCUCAUGACUCCUUGUUAUACUGCAAAUUUUGUUGCACCGGAGGUUUUAAAACGACAAGGCUAUGAUGCUGCUUGUGAUAUAUGGAGCCUUGGUGUCCUCCUGUAUACAAUGCUUACCGGUUACACUCCAUUUGCAAAUGGCCCUGAUGAUACGCCAGAGGAAAUAUUGGCACGAAUAGGUAGUGGAAAAUUCUCCCUCAGUGGUGGUUACUGGAAUUCUGUUUCAGAUACAGCAAAGGACCUGGUGUCAAAGAUGCUUCAUGUAGAUCCUCAUCAGAGGCUGACUGCUGCCCUCGUGCUCAGACAUCCCUGGAUCGUCCACUGGGACCAACUGCCGCAGUAUCAACUCAACAGACAGGACGCACCCCACCUAGUAAAGGGUGCCAUGGCAGCUACAUACUCUGCUUUAAACCGUAACCAGUCACCAGUUUUGGAACCAGUAGGCCGCUCUACUCUUGCUCAGCGGAGAGGUAUUAAAAAAAUCACCUCAACAGCUCUGUGAAGUGACCUCAUUGAGUUAUUUGGUACCAUGGUGUAAGCUGAUAGCACAAGUUCUGGCGACAGGUAGCACAUAUCUGAGAGACACCUGCAAGCACACACUGUCCCAGCUGGUACCCAUAAUGCUGCUGCUCCUGCUGCUGCUCCUGCUUUCGUCUCUUCUCGCUUUAAAUGAUCGUUAGCAAGUUAGAUUUUCCUGGAGCUUCGGAUGGAAUGAAAAUGGAAACAUGGCGGAGAUAUAUUCACUGAAUCAACAAGAAGAAAAAUGAACAUAUGAAUACCACCUAAAAAUACACUGAAUAAAGCACUCUACACCAUAUAGCAUUAUUUUUAUAGGAAAUAUUUCAUGUCCCUUAAAUAUUCUUUGUUAGUUAUAGGGAUGGACAGUUUAUGUUAAGCACUUAGCUUAAACGAUCUGUUUAUAUUAGCACUGUAUCCUUUGUGCCAUCCAACAUUUUGUAUGUUUUUGUAAACAGUUCAUAUACAGUACAUUUCUGUACUGCUUUCUUUAAUGUAUACAUGCCUUGUUUAACUUGGAAUCUAUUAUUAUUAAUCAAUUGACUAUUAAACCUGGUUAAAUAGUUCACCUGGAUUAACAGUAUUGUUGGACAGCCAUAAAAGUGGCCAGAUUGUGGAACAGCUGUUGAAUGUAAUACUUUGAAAAUGUACAUAUCUUUCCCCAUGUCUGUUUCACUGGUUUGUGUGUGUGUGUGUUUCUUAAAGUCAGGUGCUCUGUCAGACUAACCUAGAGAGCUAUAGGGGAAGGAAAGUUAUCGUGUGUGUGUGGCAUGAUGUCAAGUGUACACCUAUGAAGUUAGUGCAUAUACUUUGCAUCUCCUUAGGCUUUUUUCCUUAAUUAAAGGAAAUAGUCCUUUCACUUUUAAUGUUAAGUAUAUCCCUACUUAGUAUUUGGCAUACAAUUUGAAAUUUUGCCAAUAUAGAUCAGGGGGCUUUAAGAGUCAUGGUGAAGAGAUUGCAAUGAAGAAUUUAGCAGCAGGUAAUUGAGGUGCCAUUGAAUAUUUCAUGUUCAAAUAAAAAAAAAAGAUAUUCUAUAUUAAACAUUAAUUUGAACGUAAUAAAUGCCACACGCCUCUAUUAAAUUGGAUUUAAACUUCAUUAUUCUAGGGAAUAAAACAUUCUUGAUCAAACAGUAUCUGUUCUAACCUGAAAUCAUAGCUAAGGUAGGCUAAGUGAACGUUCAUCGCUGAGUGCUUUCUGUAAUCCUUCCUGAUGUCUUACAGCCAUAUGAUGCUGCUUCUGACUUGAGAAUUAUCAGUUUUCAUUAUGGUCCCUUAGUCUGCUUAGAUGACAGUACUCAUUAUCUACAUAUAAGUUGGUGGUUGCCACAACGUUAUUUGAUGAAAACCCUGUACCUGUUAUUACCUGUAUCUUUGCCAAGCUGCCUAGCACGUAUACAUCAGUAUGUCAUGUGAAAGACAUAUGAGUAAGGAAAGAUGGAUUUCACUUAACCUCAUCAAGAAUGUGCCCAAAAGGAUCUUUUCUUAGUCAGCUACUUAAACCAUUUACAUCUGACACCUUUUUGUCCUACCAGAAGCUUUAAGUCAUCCCACAGGAGUACAAAGCCAAAAGGGGGUGGUUUAUCUAAAUGUCUUGGAAGCCACUUGGCAUCCCUGAAUUUCUCCUGUAUACGAUUAAAGAGAAAAGACAAAUCGAUAACGCUCCUUUUGCCCAAGUGACACAAAAGAAUUAUUGCAGAGAAAUCAGAUGUAAGUUUGUCUUCUAGAUUAAAAAUGUAUAGAAAGAUGGCUCUCAGAAGAUCUAGAUAACAUUUUUUAAAGUUCUUGAGUAUAUGGAUGCUAACUAUUAAAGCUGCUUUCCAUUGUCUGGAAAGAAAGCUCCCCCCGUCCCCUUCGUUCAGUGUCUCAAACCAUGGUCAUCCCAAAUUGUCAUGUUCAAAAUGUGAACACACCUCUGGACAGAAAAACAAGAUAGAUUCUCAGAUAUUUAGUGCCACUGAUGCUACUGCAAAAGUGCUUGGAUGUACGGUCCAUCACAGUCUUUUAAAACUAGGGGUAAAUGUAGUAAACCAAACCAAAACCGGUUGCCACCUAGUCAAUUCUGACUCGUAGCGACCCUAUAGGAUAGAGUAGACCCGCCCCAGUAGACCGCUGAGCUCUUAAUCACUGUGCCACCAGGGCCGUGGUAAACGUACUAAUCCUUAUAAGUUACCUGGUCCAGGGUUCUCAUUGCACGUAAAGAACCUGAGACCCGUUAACUUCUCCCCAUUCAUUUUUUGUUUCUCUUAACACAGUUCCGCCCUCCCUUCAUAUUACCACCUGACCAGUAGCUUGAGUUCAAAACUACAUGUUUCUUGGGGUAAUCCUGUACUGCUAAAAUAAUCCCAAGUUUAUUGUUUCAAAGAUACUGCCUACUUCACAUAGUCAAGCUCUCAGUUUUAUUGGACAAAACAAUUUUUAUAGUCACAAAACUAAAGGCUUGCUGCCUAAAAAGCAGUUGAUGGACAUAAUAUAUUUCAUCUGUGGUUCAUGUGUUCCUAUUGCUUUUGGCUUACAGUGGAUCAGACUCAGCCAACAAUAUGCUCCAAAUGUAGUGCUUGUUAUGGGUUAACCUUUCCAUUUAUCUCUCAAAGGUCAAUCCUUCCAGGCCAAUAUAGUUGUGGUAUUGAGGCCCUUGCAGACUUCAUCCCUUCAUCAGUUGGUGCUGUCCUUACUACUGGGGCUUCUCCCAGGAGGUUUCAGUGCUAUCUUAAAGAUCUUUCACUGUGAAAGAAAGAAGUAAACUACCAGGCCUCUUUUACAAGCUUACUCUUAGCUUAAAAUCCAAAAUGAUAGAUUGCACUUAACAUUGGCCAAGGCACAUACUGAAAUUUACUAAUUACACUACCCUUAGUCUCUUCUCUUUCAAGUGACGAUGCUAAAUUAAGGUAAGUGUUGGGGGGUUUUCAUAUAAAUCAUUUCAGCUCCUUUGUUUUAUAGUGGUGUCUUCUAAGUACAAUAGACUUUUGACUUUUAACAGAUUUGACGUGGACUUAUUUAUUCACAAGCAGAUGCAAAAGUCCAAAGAUAAUUUUGAGAAGGCACAAAAUACUGAGAUGCUGUGAGGCUGACAUGUGGGAAAAGACACUUAGUGAGUAUAUGGAGAGGGUGUGGUGUGUGUGCAGCAGACAUUUCACAUGCAGUGCACUCCAAAGAGUGGGGUUGGGUCAACCAUUUCCUAUCUAUGUGUAAGAAACGGCAACUCUUGGUGCCAAGGGGCAUCAUGGGAAGUGGAGUUGACUAGUUAGCUAUGUCCUGCACCUUCAACCCAAGAAAGACUUGAACCGGGAGGGGAAUGUUGGUGGUGCAAAGGCUUCAAGAGAAGGCACGGUGGAUUGAGUAGGAAAGGGGCUGGGGUAGACUCAGCUUGGGAUGAGAGCAGAAAAAGAAUUCAAGAUUUAGGGUCCUUGGUACAGACGUGCUUAAUCACCAUGGAGGCCAACAAAACUCAGCAUGGCUUUGAUAUUGUGUACUUCCCGGCUUUCUUAAAAUCAUGACCUAAGGCGUUCAGCUGGCUUCACUUUAUAGAGAACGUCCUAGCUGAUGGGAUGACAUUGAGCAUUUGAGAUUUAUGAAGAUCUUGGGACAGGUGCCUCAGGAAUGUAAAGGGUCAGAAAAGAUCUAUUUUAUGUGGUUAACAAAUACAAUAGGUUUCAUGGCUGACCCUUGGUGCUUAAACCAGGAGGUUGCAAUCCAGUCCUAGAGUUCUGUCCCUCUGAAAGAUCCAACUCCAUGUGACUAACCUUAAGCUGGAUGUAUACUUUGAGCCUUAUUUAAUUCACAGAUACUAAGUUGACUUAACUCUGUGUUUAUUUCCAUUAAGGAAAAUAGUCCUCUUUAUCUCCAGAAAACUUAAAUUUGCUGGUCUCCCCAGAGUGACCAUUGGCGGAGACCAAUUAAUGAAUGAAAUAGCUCUCUUGGAACUGUGAUAUUCUGCAGAGCCACACUUAACCACUUUUUCCAGUGAAGAGUCUACAUAAUAAUACCUGAAUAAGGAUGGCCAAGAAGAAUUUGUAUCUACCGUGUUUUAUGUAUUUUUGACACUGAUGUAUUCUGUGUGAUCUAGUGAGUUGUAACUGGUUCCAAUGCGACCGAGUGUUCUCAAAGAAUUCUACAAAUUAAGUCUACUUAAUUUUCUUAAGCCUGAUAUUCCUAUCAGCCUCACAUUUACCACUUUGAUUCCAGUCUUUUAACUGUUCAUAACAGGGCAUACAAAGGGUCAGGAUGAGAGCCUACCUCCUACCUCUCAAGGCACUUUCCUCAUUAUUUUGCUAUAUAACCUUGAAGUGCAUGAUAAGCUGUUUCAAUUUCCCUGACUUCUCCCAGAGCAACUAGCAAAGUAUGUGACAUUGAACAGAGAUUAGUGGAACGGAGACUUAAGUUCAGAGGUGUGAACCUCCAGAAAACAUCUUUAGAGCACAUACCAUUUGAGUGCAGUCUAUGUAAAUGUAUAUGAGAAGAGAGUCUACUAGCCCUCUGUAAGUAGAUUAGCUCAAUAUCUUAUGGAAGUGAAGAUCUUUACUCCGAUUAUCACUAUAUACUUCUGAUUGAACCAUAUACUGAGUUUUUCAAACUGAAGUAUUAAAAAUAGAAGUUUUAAAUGCAAAACAAGGGCAUAAGGAUAAAGAAUUUGGUUUGUGUUUAAGUGUAGUUUAACCAUCUAAAGCUUUACUUUUUAAAUAAAAAAUUUUAAAAGCUUCAAGGUAUUGUCAUUCCUUAGCAUCCUUAAUGACUGUGGGUGAUAAGUCUUUACUUUUAAGAUUAUGUGCAUUAAAUUAGGUUGGUCUUAACUCUUACCCUAAACUAAAGGGAAGUGUACACCUGAAGGACGAGAUUAUUUUGCAUUUUUGGUCAUGGGUGGGAAUGGGGUGGGUAUCUACUUAAACAGUUUUUAAAAAAGAAAAAUAAUCACAAAUAUUUUUCUACUAUUAUAUAUGACCUUAUGUAUAUAUUAUAUAUGACCUUACUUCGUACUAGUUUCUCUCUAGUAAGGCACGCCAGAAGCCUAAGGUACCAUAUCAUGAGUUCAUAUGUAUUGUACCAUUUAUUGAUGGUGAAAUCGCAUCAGAUGCUUGGCACAGCUGCCAUAAUUAUGAAAUGCUUGUAAAGGAUCAAAUAUCACUGAAUAAAUUGUUUUAAGAGUCUAAUCUGGGAAGUUUUCGAAUCAUACUAUAAAUGUGAUACUAUAAAUGUAUAAUCUAACCUCUUUCCGAUUUAUCCAUGAACCAUCCUGGAACAAUAUUGCUUGUACUCCUGUCUUAGAACAGGUUUUGUAAUCUUUAAAAGAAAUGAAAAUUUAUAUAAUAAAGUUUCAAAUAAAUGCAUGUAUGUCCCUUUUAUCAGAUUAUUUCAAUAUGAUGGUUAAAUACCUUAUAUCAAAUUUUCUACUCCCAAAGUAUAAGCUUAUGAAAUUGGACUAAUAGAACUGAAAACAGGAAUGUUUCUGAGUCAAGUGCAAUAAAAUUUUCUAGGCAUAGUAUUGAUUAGCUCAAGGAUUUGUCAAAUCAGAUUCACAUAAAUCAUAGACCUUUACCUACAACUAAAUUUGAUUAAGGAUUCAAAGCAUACGGGCA